ACUCCAGGAACCAGACAGAACACAUUCACCCCAGAUGCUCAGGGUCCCCAUCCUGGGGCCCCGAGCGCUGCUCCUGCUGCUCUCGGGGGCCCUGGCGCUGACCGAGACCUGGGCCGGAACCACCUCGGACCAAGAACGCGCGUCCUCCCCGCCCCCAGGCCCUCACAGCCUGCGAUAUUUCAGCAACGCCGUGUCCGGACCGGGCCGCGGGAAGUCCCGGUACAUCGGCGUCGUCUAUGUGGACGACACGGAGGUCGAGCGGUUCGACAGCGACGCCCCGAACCCGAGGAUGGAGCCGCGGGUGCCGUGGAUGAAGGACCCGUGGGUGGAGCAGCAGAUGCCGGGGUAUUGGAAAGAGCGGACGGGCGUUUGCACGCACUACGCGGAGAUUAAUGGAGGGAAACUGAACAACCUGCGCGGCCACUUCAACCAGAGCGAGGACGUGUCCCACACCUACCAGGAAAUGUAUGGCUGCACCGUGGGGUCCGACGGGCGCUUUCUCAGCGGGUACCAUCGGUUCCUCUACGACGGCACCGAAUACCUCGCCCUGAACCAGGACCUGAGCUCCUGGACCGCAGCGGACACAGCGGCCCAAGUCACCUGGCGUGAGGUGGUGCGGGUCCCUGAUGCGAAGGACCAGAGGGCUUACCUGGAGGGCGAGUGUCUGCACCGGCUCCACCUGUACCUGGAGAAGGGGAAGGAGACCCUACUGCGAGCAGACCCUCCAAAGACACACGUGACCUACCACCCCAUCUCUGACCACGAGGUCACCCUGAGGUGCUGGGCCCUGGGCUUCUACCCUGCUGACAUCACCCUGACCUGGCAGCGUGAUGGGGAGGACCUGACCCAGGACAUGGAGCUUGUGGACACCCGGCCUGCAGGGGACAGGACCUUCCAGAAGUGGGCAGCUGUGGUCGUGCCCCCUGGAGAGGAGCAGAGAUACACGUGCCAUAUGCAGCACCAGGGGCUGCCUGAGCCCCUGACCCUGAGAUGGGUUGGCCUCUCACCUUCCCCUCACAGAUCCCCCUCCUCAGACCUCCAUCACCAUCAUCAUCGUGGGCAUCGCUGCUGCCCUGGGUCUCCUUGGAGCUGCAGCUGCUGGAGCUGUGCUGUGGAGGAAGAAGUGCUCAGGCAGAGGCAGGAAGAGCUACACUCAGGCUGCCUGCAGCGACAGUGCCCAGGGCUCUGAUGUGUCUCUCACAGCUCCUAAGGUGUGACAGAGCUGCUUUCUACGGAACCUGCUGCUGAAACAGUCAUUGCUGCCUCCCCUUGGGAUUUGAAGGAUCCCUGACUGCUGUUUCUGCAACCAGCAUCUGAACAUGCCUACAUUGUAUUCAAAUUGGCUAUAUAUUUAUAUACAUAAUCUAAACAGAAGUGAUUUAGAUUAAAAAUGCCAAGUUGUAUGGUUU